AUGUUCCUGAGACGCUUUCUCGCACUCGCUCAGCCCUUCACCUCCUGCUUGUCCACCUCCCUCCUCCUUGUCGUCCUCCUGGGCCUCACCCACCUUUCCCAGGCCAGCUCAGACCACGUUCCCAGCAGCCCCCCGAGGAACUGCUCCGAGGAGGACAGCUGUGCCGACGGCGUGGUUCUGCCCAUGUGGAACCCCCAGAACCCGUCGGUCGGGGACAAGGUGGCUCGGGCCAUCGUGUACUUUGUGGCGCUCAUCUACAUGUUCCUGGGGAUGUCCAUCAUCGCUGACCGCUUCAUGUCCUCCAUAGAGGUGAUCACCUCCCAGGAGAAGGAGAUCACCAUCAAGAAGCCCAAUGGGGAGACGACCACGGCGACUGUGCGUAUCUGGAACGAGACGGUGUCCAACCUCACCCUAAUGGCCCUGGGCUCGUCCGCCCCGGAGAUCCUGCUGUCCGUCAUCGAGGUGAUCGGCCACAAAUUCGAGGCAGGGUCCCUGGGCCCCAGCACCAUCGUGGGCAGCGCCGCCUUCAACAUGUUCAUCAUCAUCGCCAUCUGCGUCUACGUGGUCCCGGAGAACGAGACCCGCAAGAUCAAGCACCUGCGCGUGUUCUUCGUCACGGCGGCCUGGAGCGUGUUUGCGUACAUCUGGCUCUACCUCAUCCUCGCCGUCAUCUCCCCGGGCGAGGUGGAGGUGUGGGAGGCCGUGCUCACCUUCCUCUUCUUCCCUCUCUGCGUGGUCCAGGCCUGGAUCGCCGACCGGCGCCUCCUCUUCUACAAGUACGUCCACAAGCGCUACCGCGCCGACAAGACCCGCGGGAUCAUCAUCGAGACGGAGGGAGACGGCAUGUUCACCAAGAUGGACAUGGAGAUGGACGGCCAGGGGGUCAACUCCCACCCUAAGGAGGUCCUGGACGGGAUGCUGGAGGGGGUGGAGGAGGGCGGCGGGGGGCCGGGCGACAGGCCGGACCAGGAGGAUGAAGCUCGUCGGGACAUGGCCCGCACCCUGAAGGAGCUGAAGCAGAGACACCCAGACAAGGAUAUGGAGCAGCUGAUUGAGAUGGCCAACUACCAGGUCCUGGUCCAGCAGCAGAAGAGCCGAGCCUUCUACCGGAUCCAGGCCACGCGCAUGAUGAUCGGGGCCGGCAACAUCCUGAAGAAGCACGCGGCUGACCAGGCGCGGAAGGUGGUGAGCUGUCACGAGGCCAGCGGGCAGGAGGAGGACCCUCACACCGUCUACCUGCAGUUUGAGCCCACCCACUACCAGUGUUUCGAGAACUGCGGCUCUCUCAAGAUCUCCGUGGGUCGCCACGGAGGGGAGGCGGGCUGCACUGUCAAGGUGGACUACCGUACGGAGGACGGGACUGCGAACGCCGGCUCGGACUACGAGUUUGCGGAGGGCACGCUGGUGUUCAAGCCCGGGGAGACGGUGAAGGAGCUGACCGUGGGCGUGAUCGACGACGACAUCUUCGAGGAGGACGAGCACUUCUACGUGCACCUCAGCAACCCCCGCAUCGUGCACCGCGCCGAGGUCUCCGUCCUCCAGCCCAGCUCCGUCGCCACGGGCAACAGCAUGGUGGUGGGGGGGGCGUCGUCCCACGUGACCCCCAAGGCCGCCCUGGGCGUCGCCCACACGGCCACUGUCACCAUCUACGACGACGACCACGCGGGCAUCUUCACGUUCGAGAGCGAGGCGAUGAGGGUUAGCGAGAGCGUGGGCACCAUGCAGGUCAAGGUUCAUCGGACAUCCGGCGCCAGGGGGAAGGUGGCGGUGCCGUACCACACCGUGGAAGGGAGCGCCAGGUCUGGAGACGACUACGAGGAGGUGGCCGGGAAGCUGGAGUUCCAGAACGACGAGACCAUGAAGCUGUUGGAUGUGAAGAUCAUUGAUGACGAGGAGUACGAGAAGAACAAGACCUUCACCAUAGUCCUGGGGGAGCCUGUGCUUCUGGAGGUGGGACAGAAACAUGGGGACUCCAAUGAAAACAAGCCUGUUGUCGUGGGUGACGAAGAGGAGGUGGCAAAGAUGGGCUGUCCCAGUCUGGGUGAACACACCAAACUGGAGGUGGUGAUCGAGGAGUCCUAUGAGUUUAAGAACACAGUGGAUAAGCUGAUCAAGAAGACCAACCUGGCUCUGGUAGUGGGCAGUAGCAGCUGGAGGGAACAGUUUGUCAAUGCUGUCACUGUCAGCGCCGGUGACGACGACGAGGAAGAGAGCGGCGAGGAGCGUCUGCCCUCCUGCUUCGAUUACAUCAUGCACUUCCUCACGGUGUUCUGGAAGGUUCUGUUUGCCUUUGUCCCGCCCACGGAGUACUGGAAUGGCUGGGCCUGCUUCUUCGUGUCCAUCUCCAUCAUUGGUGGUCUGACAGCUGUGACCGGUGACCUGGCCUCUCAUUUCGGCUGCACUGUGGGCCUCAAAGACUCGGUCACUGCUGUGGUGUUCGUGGCUCUGGGCACCUCUGUUCCAGACACCUUCGCCAGCAAGGUCGCCGCCAUCCAGGACCAGUACGCCGACGCCUCCAUCGGCAACGUGACCGGCAGCAACGCCGUCAACGUCUUCCUGGGCAUCGGCGUGGCGUGGACCAUCGCCGCCGUCUACUGGAGGACAAAGGGCAAGACUUUCCACGUGAAUCCGGGCUCGCUGGCCUUCUCCGUCACCCUGUUCACCAUCAUGGCGCUGGUGUGCGUGAUGGUGCUCAUGUACCGCCGGAGGCCCGGCGUGGCCGGGGGGGAGCUGGGGGGACCACGGACCGCCAAGCUCAUCACCUGCUUCCUCUUUGUCUCUGUCUGGUUCCUGUACAUCCUGCUGGCUUCUCUGGAGGCCUACUGCCACGUACCCGGGUUCUGAGCGACGCGGCGGAGAGAGAGAGGAAGAGGAGAGGAAGAAGAGGAGGAGAGGAAGUGGAGUUAUCUCUUCUACUUACUGUUUACCUGUCAAAGCCCUUCUCACUUCCUGUUGUCUAAAUGUACUUCUCCUGGGUGUUUUUAGGUAUUUGUAUUAUUGUCAUUUAUACAGUAACUGCUUGACUGUGGAGCUGUGGAUCCUGUUUACAGUGAUAGCCUUAGUCAUUGGAAGCCUGGCCAAACCUGCUGGAUAUCCGAGUGACAUCUUUGGAGGGCUCGUAACUUUAUCACACCUGAUUCUGGCUGUCUGCACAAGGAAGGGACCCAGGAAGGUAAACUACACCUCACUCUGCUCAGAAAACUCUGAUCUUGAACUUAGCGUUUGAGCUCUGAGGACUUUCAUUCACACCAGAUCGGCCCCCCGA